CAGAGCCGAGCCCCCAGCAGGGGGGUCAGCCCACCGCAUGGCUGCCUACCGGGGCCCCGUGCUCGACUUCAACAGUUUGGAUGAUGAGCCACAUGCUGUUUCACCACCCAAGUAGUAGCCUGUCACUUCCAUGUAUGGGACUGCAUCAGCACAUCGUCUACCCGACCGUGCAGCAAGCACGCACGCACAGUCAGCGUACUCCAGCGUUGAAGGCAGAUGACAAAAAGUCCUCCAGCAGCAGAUCCAACGGGCUUCCCCAACACCUGGAUGGAUUUGACGGAGGACAUUUCCCGCCCUCCCGCGGCGCCUUGGGGUGUCUAGCAGGUGCGGAACAUCAUGUCCUACCCGCAUUUGUCUCUCGGCCGGAGACGACACGCCGGAGGAGCCAUGUGGAGCGCGCCCACGUCCAUCACGCCUGGCAAAAAUCAUCAACAACUCCAGUGAGGAAGAGGAGGAGGAGGAGCAGGAGGUGGAGGAGGAGGUUGAGAGGUGUGGUGGGGGGGCGCCGAAGCACUUUGUCAAAGAUAAGAUCUGUCGAGGAGGGAACCAAGAAGAGAGGAGAUGGUCGAAGAAUGGCCGCACCUGAUCUCCUUGACCCCAAGUCUGCCGCCCACAAUUCCAAGCCCCGCCUGUCGUUCUCGGCCAAGCCGGUGGUGCUGACGUGCGACGAGGAGGACGAGUGCGGCGGCGCCCGCGCCACCGUCAUGCGUUGGAAGACCGUGUCGGCCAUCUUCUUCCUGGUGGUGCUCUACCUGGUGAUCGGCGCCACCGUGUUCCGCGCCUUGGAGCAGCCGCACGAGAGCUCCCAGAAGAUGGCCAUCUUGGCCGAGAAGCUCGAGUUCUUGGCCAUGCACGGCUGCGUCAACUCCUCCGAACUGGAGGAUCUGGUCAAGCAAGUGGUUUCCGCCAUCCGAGCAGGUGUGAAUCCCUCAGGAAACUCUUCCAACCAGACGAGCCUUUGGGACCUCAGCUCCUCGUUCUUCUUUGCUGGCACUGUCAUCACCACCAUCGGGUUCGGCAACACCUCCCCUCACACGGAAGGCGGGCGGAUAUUCUGCAUUAUCUACGCUCUGAUGGGGAUCCCCCUCUUUGGUUUCCUGUUGGCGGGCGUGGGCGACCAGCUGGGCACCAUAUUUGGCAAGGGGAUCGCCAGAGUGGAGAAGAUGAUAGUGAAGUGGAAAGUCAGCCAGACCAAGAUCCGCGUCAUCUCCACGUUGCUGUUCAUCCUGUUCGGCUGCCUCAUCUUCGUAGCGCUGCCGGCCGUCAUCUUCAAGCACAUCGAGGGCUGGAGCACGCUGGAGUCCAUCUACUUCGUCGUCAUCACGCUGACCACCAUCGGAUUUGGAGAUUUCGUCGCCGGGGAAAAAGGAGGUUCCGAGAGCCCGGAGUACCUCAAGUACUACAAGCCGGUGGUGUGGUUCUGGAUCCUGGUGGGUCUGGCCUACUUUGCCGCCGUGCUCAGCAUGAUCGGGGACUGGUUCCGCGUCAUCUCCAAGAAAACCAAGGAAGAGGUGGGCGAGUUCCGGGCUCACGCCGCCGAGUGGACGGCCAACGUGUCGGCCGAGUUCAAAGAAACCCGACGGCGGCUGAGCGUGGACAUUUACGACCGCUUUCAGCGCGCCGCAUCCAUCAAGCGCAAACUGUCCUCGGAGCUGGGCAUCAACGCCUCCAUGAACCAGGAAAUGACGCCUGGCAAACGGACACUGUCGGCCAACCUCGGCGAGGACCGCGAGGCAUACGCCAACUUGACUCUCUCCCUCACGCCGGGGGCCCUGACCAGAAAUGGCAGCCUUUUCCUCAACGGCCUCAGCCCGGACUUUGCCCACCGGCUGGAGGUUGCUGUUGUUGAAAAUCCCAAAUGAGGCCCAAAAAACACAUUUCCGCACUAGUUCAUAUCAAGAAGGUAGUGUGACGUUUGCAAGCUUGCUUCCAUCAUUUCUGUGCCAAUACAGUCACCUUAGACGUGUUCUUAUGAGAGGUAAGUAGGAAAUUGUACAAAAAGUAAAAAGGUGGUGCAUCCUACACGGCCACAAACAUGGCCAGCAUGAGGAAAAUCACUCCACAAAUAUGGGCGCCAUGCAUCAACUUAUUCCCCCCAAAAUGGCCGACAUGAUUCCUCAGACACUUUGCCGAUAAACACACAUUUAAUUUAUGGUCGACACACUACAAUGCAGUCCGCAAACAUGGCCGCCGCGCCUGAUACACACAUUCCACAAAGAUGGCCGCCGCAUCUGAUACACACGUUCCACAAAAAUGACCGCCGCUUCUGAUACACACAUUCCACAAAGAUGGCCGCCGCUUCUGAUACACACCUUCCACAAAGAUGGCCGCCGCAUCUGAUACACAAGUUUCACAAAGAUGGCCGCCGCAUGUGAUACACACCUUCCACAAAGAUGGCCGCCAUGGUACAAAACAUUAAUAGAUGACAUAUAAAAGCUAAGCCAAUGUCCAACUAAUUGAUCUGCGUUUGAAUGAAAUCCUCCUGAAUUGUGGUUGACAUCAGAAGCAAGACGCCAACACAAGAAAUGGUAAAUCUAGAAAGCAAUAGAUGGAAUUGUGCUCAUCUACUAGCAAUUUACCCACGAGGCCCAGACAUCUGCAUCAGAUGAAAGAGGAUCCUCGGCAACGAAUCACACACAAAUAAGGAAUGUGCUUGAAAUAUUACAGUUUAUUUAUUUAUUUAUCUCUCACCACGCAUCAUAUGCCUUGUAUGUUUCCACUCAGUUUUCCUCCCUCGCACCUGAGAUGAAGAUGAAUGUUGACGUUUAAUUUUUUUUUUUUUUUUCUUGCCCUCGAUGACUGAGAGGCGGCUCCUCACCCCUGAGGACUCGCCCACGUGUGCCUUACUGGAAAGUCCGCCGUCAACAUGCAUGAAAGACACAGACGCAAUGUAUGCACGGUGACGAGCUGUAUCCUGGCCAAUCUGUGAAAACGUCCACCAGGAUUCCGAAAAACAAAUACGACAUAGAUAGUGAACCUCCAUUUAUCAUGGAGCGGAUAUGUUCCAGAACAUCUCGCAAAAUAUGAAAAUCCACAAAAAUUAAAAGAAUAGAUCAUUUUGGUGUGUACUUUUACCCUCCCACACGCUUUGAACACAUUUACCAACGCACUUGUUAAAGCAUUGCUUGGCACCUGUCACUGUCUCACUGUCAAAAAAAAUGCAGGUAGCUUAAUGCUAACAUACAGUUGAAACUCCACUGACAGGCUAGUGGAAAUUAGCUUGAUCCAACCUGGAGCACAAACUCAACCAAGUUUUCCUUGCAGAAUGUAUUGGCUAGUCAAGUGUCUUCUGGUUUCAUUGCGUAAGAUGUACUCUGGCAUGUUUUCGGGACAUUACAAAGCAAAAUGCAUUGUGUCUUAUGGAGAUGGACAAAAGUAUUGGGACGAAAUAAUAAUAGUUUUUUUUCCUCGUCCUCGCCAAUACCGCAACAUGUCCCAAUACUUUUGUCGAGGCCUGAACGCUGUGGCUUCCUCAAGGCAGAUGAUUGACAGGUCAAAAGGGAAGCUCUUCAGGGAAGUGUUAGCAUUGUCCAAAGUGUUGUUUUUUCAUGAAGUGGAUAACGGGCACGCUGAAUGCAUUUUUUCCAUUUGUGGCUACAGAUUUGAGCCUCGUUUUGAAUGUUACCUAUGUCAGAUUCAUCCAGAUGUCACCCAAAAACACCAAGUAAAACCAUUCCACUUUGAGACAAUGAAACACACUCAUGCUAGAGGUCCACUCUGCGAGGGUCACGCUUUGCCAACUCAUGAUUUUGUCAAGUGUUGCAUGCAAGUGUAAAUGUUAACCGACUGUGCUCGUGUAAGAAAUCGCAUCAUCCGUUUGUACGACGGCAAUAUUAGUGGCGAUGUUAGCGGUGCCCGUCACUUCAAACUAUCAAGCUGACUUUUCAAACAUUUUAAAUGAACUGUUUUAUAUAUCAAA